CUCACAAGUCACAACGAAGCUCAAUCGACGCUGAAGCCAGGCCCUCGCAAUGGACACUGGAGACAAGGCUCAGCUUUAUAAAGCUCCUACGUGCGCGGUGCGCCUGAUAGUGCAGAAGAAUCAAUGGUGCUCUUCAGCCGAACCAUAACGACGAUCUAUUUGUUGCAAGACGUGCGUGCGUCAGCGUCACAUCCAUGGUUCAGUUUAUCAGAGUAGCUUAUGAUUAAGGAGAUCCGCAAAAAACCCAUUAACAUGAUCAAGUGAAAUGAUGAACUUGACUUGACAGUCUAUCUGAUCAACGACUGACAUCACUUCGUCUCGGGGAACCGUAAGCAAAGAUCCUAUGGCCUCUCGUCUGUAAACGUUCCCAAACGCAUAUUCCUCAACAAAUUUUGUUCGAAACUUUUCUAUGGGCCAGAAACAAGUUUCCUUUGCUUAUUGAUUCUGAUUGUCGUUUUCAUCGAGCAAUCCAGGAAAUCGCUUUGAAGUGAGCAGGAGUUAUCAGCAUCUCUCGAGUGGGUAAGUUGAGUUGCAAGCACAUAAUAGGCACGUUAGCAUGACGAAAAACUCUUCUGUUCAGGCUAUCUACGACUUGUGUAAAAAGACGUUUACGUCUUCGGGAAUUCCGGCUUCUCCUCAAUCAAUCCAAAAGCUUUCAUCUCUUUUGGAUAAAAUAGGUCCUUCUGAUGCUGGUCUCAAAGAGGAUAACACAGAGGAUGACCGAGGGCAUGGUGUCUUUGGACUCAAUCAUUAUGACAGAGCAGUUCGAUGGACUCAACCAAUAACCUACUUAGACAUAUAUCAAAGUGAUAGUUUUACGAUGUGUAUAUUUUGCUUGCCAACUUCAUCAGUCAUUCCGCUCCAUGACCAUCCCGGCAUGACUGUGUUGAGCAAAGUACUUUAUGGUUCCAUGCAUGUGAAAGCCUAUGACUGGGUUGAACCUGCCUAUGUGCUGAAGAGCAGGGGACCAGGUUACCCCCCAGUUAGAUUGGCAAAGUUGACCGUUGACAAAGUUAUAACAGCACCAUGUGGGACUUCAAUCUUGUACCCUAAAAGUGGGGGUAAUCUGCAUUGCUUCACAGGAGUUACCCCAUGUGCUGUGUUUGACAUUCUCACUCCUCCUUACCAAGAAGCUGCUGGCAGGAAAUGUACUUACUAUCAUGAUUAUCCUUUCUCGAGCUUCUCAAUGGAAAAUGGAUUCAGGAUAAGCGAUGGAAAAGAAGAAGAAUAUGCAUGGCUCGAGGAGAUGGACACACCAAAUGAUCUAUAUAUGCGCCAGGGAGAAUACAAGGGCCCUGCUAUUCAGCCGUAGUGUUCAUAGUUUUUGGCUCAAUGAUGGGAUUCCUGUUUUUUUUGGGGGGGGGGGAGAAUGACAGUUCAGCCCAGGGUCAGAAUUUGUAGGCUCAAAAGUAUAUUUGGGGUAGGUCCCAGCUCAGAAUUGAUGCCAAUUCAUAGGCGGGUAUGGGUGCAUAGAGUGUGGGUUUUUGACCUUUAAAAUGUUUAUAACUUUGUAGUGGAAAUCAGAUAUCUGCAUUAGGCCUGUCCA